AGAACCCACAACAUGGGUUUUUUUUUGGACCGUCGGAAAGUUGAUAUAAUCCAUCGAUCUCGAUCUCAAAGUAUAAGAGAUAAGUAGUUGUGCAUGACGCAGAAGUGUCCAUUAGUUUCAAUUUUUACCACAUCCUGAGGAUCUUCAACUUAUUUGCAACAGGUUCAUUGUCGUUCAUUUCCAUAGCAUACUUGGUAGAAGCAAAAGCUUAAAAUUAAUCGGCUUUCUUGGCAAUGUCUUCGCCGUUUUUAUCUCGUUCGCCGCACAGCGGUCAAAAGAAGGGUGCCUACCCGAUGCGAAGUGGUGGUAAGGUAAACUUACCAUUCUUGCCUCAGCGCCAGCGUUCGAUAACCAAUCUCUUGACGAACAAGAAAGAUACUGUGGUGCGCGGUUCGCCUGUUUUCGACAGCGGCGAUGAGUGGAGGAAUGGACGAGUAUUUGUUUUACAAGAGUACCUGCACUGCGAAUGUUUUUGUCAUACAAGUACAACUGCAGGUGCUAUUAUUAAUAUACCAGCAGGUGUGGGGACUGCCACUGCGAGGACUACUUUCUGAAAGUCAUUCUCACUACUACUACUAUUACUUGUACGUGUAGUUCAAUUUACUACCAGAAAACAACAGGUCUACAAACAGAACAACGAGAACCCUCCGAAUCUGCUGCAAGGGUCUCCCGUCAAUCAUCGCGAGCAGUGCGCUGGGACUGUGACUCCUGCGUCGGAAAAGGCCAGAAGUCCUGUCG